AUGAAGUGGCUUUUUCUACACAAUUUCUUACUGUCGACCGCUUCGGCGGCCGCGGUUGCUCUGCCCCGACAUCCUCACGGGCUCGAUGUCGUCAAGACGGUCGUCUUGAGCGACGGCCAAGUUCUGGACUGGGUUCGCAGGGAGUCUCAAGUGGCCAAUUCCACUCUUCCCGCUGAGCCCGCCGCGAGUCAGAAAGGCGACGCUUCAGCAGCGAAAUUCGCCAGCCUGAUCCCCGAGCACCUGCGCGGUCCGGAGGGCACCGUCCCGAUCCCGCGCCCCGGCCUCACGUCAUAUCCCCAAAAGUCCGACACACCCUCUCUGUGGCCGCAGGUCCAGCUCGCCGUGUCCGCGUCGUCGGGCGAGGACUACACCGGCCAGCACUGGUACGCCAGCACCAGCCUGCAGACCAAGGUGACGGGCGGCGGCGGCGGCAUCAGCAUGUUCGAGCCGUACCUGCAGACGCCCGCCGAGUUUUCCCUGGUGCAGACGGCCAUCAUCCGCGACGAGGCCAAAACGUCCGAGUUUGGCACCAUCACGCAGACGCUGGAGGCCGGGUGGAUGUACUACCCACCGCGCGGGCCCAAGCCCAUGUUCUUCGUCUUCUUCAACAGCAACGGCUACAACGGCGUCGGCGACUACAUGGCCGGGUGGAACACGGAGCAGAAGGGCUGGGUGCAGAUGGACAGCUCAUAUUACCCGGGCAUGUCUUUCGAGCACAUGUCGGUGAUUGGCGGCGAGCAGCACGACUUUGACGUGCAGUUCCACCUAGUAGACAACCGGUGGUGGCUGCUGGCGUUUGGCAAGUGGGUUGGGUUCUACUCGGCGGACAUCUUCAAGAAGAACUCUGUGCGGGAGGACACGCUGGCGGCGUACGGGGACAGGAUCUCGUUCUUCGGCGAGGUGUCCAACAGCGGCAAGGAGCUGACGACGACGGACAUGGGCAGCGGCAACUUCCCGGAGGCUGGCGAUGGCAAGGUGGCGUACGUCAAGAACAUGGUGUACCUGGAUGCCGACGGCAAGAAGCAGAUGUACAGCGGCGACUCGGGGGUGAGCGACCCCUCGCGGUACAGGAUCAAGACCUUUUUCAACUCGGGCACCACCUGGGACUCAUACGUCUACCUGGGCGGCCCCGGUGCUGGUGGUGUCGUGGGUGGUUGA